GUACACCUGCUGCCUCCAAAGCCCCUUCCCCUCGUGUGGCGGCCACAAGGGACUUACCAUGCUCCAGACCUGUCGUGCUCUCUGUUCCCAAGCUGGGCCCCCAGCGGGGAGCUGGCAGCCCCUGUGCUUUGAUGGUGGGUCCUUCCGCCUCAAGGGCACGGCCGAGCUGAUGCGGGCUCUGCUGGUGCUGCGGCUGUGUGCCUGGCCCCCUCUGGUCACCCAUGGACUGGCGCUCCAGGCCUGGUCUCAGCGACUCCUGGGCUCUCGGCUCUCGAGGGCUCUUCUCAGAGCAUCCAUCUAUGGACAGUUUGUGGCCGGGGAGACGAGGGAGGAGGUGAGGGACUGUGUCCGGCAGCUCCAGGCCCUGGGCCUCAGGCCUCUGCUGGCAGUGCCCAUUGAGGAGGAGCCAGAUUUGGCUGCUAAGACCAGUGAGGCCUGGUAUGAGGACAAUCUUAAUGCCAUGCUGCGUUGUGUGGAUCUGUCACGAGACCUGGUGGGGACCCCUGGCCCCUCGGGGAACACCGUCAUGCAACUGAAGAUGACAGCACUGACCAGCACUCGGCUCUGUAAAGCGCUCACCUCGUGGAUCAGAAGACUGGGGGCCUGCCCGGAGCUGAGCCCUGAGAGGCUGGCUGAAGCCAUGGACUCCGGACAGAAGCUCCAGAUCUCCUACCUCAACACUGAGCAGAACCAGCACCUCCAGGCCUCCCUGAGUCGCCUGCACCGGGUGGCCCAGCAUGCCCGGAACCAGCAGGUAAGGCUCCUGGUGGAUGCUGAGUACACCUUCAUCAACCCUGCGCUUUUUCUACUGGUGGCAGCCUUGGCCCAGCACUGGAACAGCCCUGCGGAAGGCGGGCCCUGGGUGUGGACCACCUACCAGGCCUAUCUGAAGGACACACAUGAGCAGCUGGCACAGGACGCCGAGGCUGCACACAGGGCAGGGCUGGCCUUUGGAGUGAAGUUGGUGCGGGGCGCCUACCUGGACAAGGAGAGAGCGGUGAGCCAGCUCCAAGGCAGCGAAGAUCCCACCCAGCCUGACUAUGAGGCUACCAGCCAGAGUUACAAUCGCUGUCUGGAGCUGAUGUUGAACCAAGUGUCUCGUCGUGGCUCCAUGUGCCACCUCAUGGUGGCUUCCCACAACGAAGAGUCUAUUCACCAGGCAACUAAGCGCAUGUGGCAGCUGGGCAUUCCUGUGGAUGGGCCCGUCUGUUUUGGACAACUUCUGGGCAUGUGUGACCAUGUCUCCCUGGCACUGGGGCAGGCUGGCUACAUGGUGUAUAAGUCCAUUCCCUAUGGCUCCCUGACGGAGGUGAUCCCCUACCUGAUCCGGAGGGCUCAGGAGAACCGGAGUGUACUGCAGGGUGCCCGCAGGGAACAGGCACUGCUCAGCCAAGAACUGUGGCGGAGGCUGCAGGGGAAGGCCUAA